AGUAAAUUCAUUAAAAAACAGAAAGAUGAUACGAUAAUGACAACUUUUAAGGAUCGGCUUGUACAUGCCUUUCUUGACCAGAUUUUUCAACGGGCAGCACACCACCCACUAUCAUCAAUGACGUAGACAUAUUAUUGUACGCAAAUAAAGUCAUAAUUCCCGUCCCACAAGGCAUUAUAAAAAGGAACAAUCCACCAAUAAUUCGUAUCACAUUUAUUUUUUCAAUCAUGCGAACAUUCAAAAUUCCUUUUAGUCUCAUUUCCAUCCUCAUCUUAGCUAAUAUAUUCUCCCUUAACUUGGUUGAACCAUGCAAUACCAUCGACAAAGAAGCAUUGCUUGAUUUCAAGCGUCGAAUCACCGACGAUCCAUCCCAACUCCUCAAGACAUGGGUGGCUAGCACCGAUUGUUGCACAUCAUGGGCCGGUGUUGAUUGUGAUCGUGUUACAGGUCGAGUUGUUAAUGUCUCGAUGUCAGGUCUCCAAUCUGGCGAUGAUUUUAUUCUAGAUACCUCUAUGUCAGGUACACUCUCGCCUUUCUUGGGUAACCUUACCUAUCUCCAACUCCUAGAUUUUAGCAAUAAUAAAGAGCUUAGUGGUCCAAUUCCAUCCCAACUAGGCAAAUUGUCACAUUUGACCCUUCUAUUUUUAGACACAAAUAAGCUAAAUGGUUCAAUACCCACUUCAUUAAGUAACCUCCAUAAGCUAAAAAAACUUUACCUAAGUGAUAAUAAACUCUCCGGCUCCAUACCCAUUUCUUUAUUUCAAUCAAUGCCUUCUCUAUCAGAAUUAGGCUUAUCGGGAAACCAACUUUCCGGUCCAAUUCCAACCUCGAUCGAAACCCUAAUUGCUCUUACUAAACUUGAUCUAAAUACCAAUAAUCUAACCGGUAAAAUCCCAUUUGGUAUUGGUAAAUUAAAAAGCCUAACACACAUUGAUUUUUCUAUGAAUAACAUUCAAGGAAGUAUCCCAAAUUCUAUAGGUGAACUAUCCCAAUUAAAUACUUUAUACCUAAAUGAUAACAAACUUUUUGGACCUAUCCCAUCAUCAAUAGGUAAACUUAUUUCCUUGCAAUUUCUUCGGCUUUGGAACAAUAAACUUUCCGGUGUUUUACCAAAUUCAAUCGGAAACCUUCAUCAAAUCCAAAGAAUGUACAUAGACAACAACAUGAUAACUGGAAAAUUGCCUUCCAGUAUCGGAAAUCUUGGUACAUUAACUGAUUUAUCCAUGACAAACAAUCAUUUUGUGGGUAAAAUCCCAGAAAGUUUUGGCAAUCUUAAGAAUCUUACAUUGCUCGAUUUGUCUGGAAAUCAGCUAAUUGGACCAAUCCCAACUCAAUUAGGUCAACUAAAACUGUUACAAAUACUCGGAUUAUCCUAUAACCCGUUUAAAUUGGGGACAAUACCUGAUUGGAUCUUCUCGAAUCUAACCCUUUUCGAGCUUAAUUUAGCGGGAACAGGGCUUAAAGGGCAGCUUCCUCGAUGGUUAUCUUCGUCAACAGUAACAAAGCUUGAUCUGUCGAGCAAUGAAUUUACGGGGAAAUUGCCUUCAUGGAUUGGGAACAUGAGUGGUUUAUGGUUCUUCAACAUAUCCAACAAUGGAUUUGAUUCCGCCAUUCCUGACGAAUUCAAGAAUCUUACAUCGAUUCAGAAUCUGGAUCUUCAUUCGAACAAGUUUUCUGGAUCUUUGGAAGUGAUUUUCACACAAGGGUCUUACACAAACAUCGAUUUAUCAAACAAUAUGUUUAGAGGUGGGCUCGAUGUGGAUCUAGGUAACAAUCCUGCUUUGAAUUCGAUCAAUUCCUUGAUCUUAUCGAAUAACCCAUUGGGAGGAUCCAUACCCGAAUCGAUUGGGAACUUGACCCAGUUGCAGGUCCUAGAAAUGGAGGGUAAUGGAUUAUCAGGAAAAAUUCCUGAAGAAAUUGGGGAUGCUAAACAAUUAACGACUAUAUUGUUGUCGAAGAAUAGAUUGAGUGGGAGUAUUCCAAGAAGUGUUUUGAAUUUGGAAAAUCUGGAAGUUUUGGAUGUGUCAAUGAAUAGACUUAGUGGAGAAAUUCCUCCACACAAGGCUAAUAUUCCUGCUUCUGCAUUUGAUGGUAAUGAUGGAUUGUGUGGGGCUCCACUCCCUACUUGUAGUAGUUGAGUUUCGGUAAGAUAAUUUUUAUUUAUUAUUAUUUUUUUUUGUUAAUUCAUGAACUUUAUUUGGUUGUAACUUAGAAUAUUAUACUUGUCAAAUGUAAUUGUUUUCGAUUGCGUACAAAUAAUCAUGAAAUAUAGGAGGUACUUGAAUAUUUCGAUGUACUCCCUUUAUUUUUA